AUGGACCCCUUCGCGCUGCUCACCAGCGGGGCCAAGUUCGACCGCGGCCGCAUGAAGCAGGACCAGAACGUAUAUCGAGGCCAGCAGCAUCGCGCCGCUGCACACGCGCUGCCACCAGGCCUGCUCAAGGCGCCGGCAGCAGCAGCCGGCGGGCAGCCGCCCAGGAAGAAGCGCCGCCUGCAGCACGCAACCGCCCACGCCGGCGCCAGCGAGAGCGGCGCCGACGACCACCAAGGCAGCGACCCAGGCAUCAGCGUGUUUGGCGGCAGCCAGUCGCCCGCGGGCGGCGCCGGCGGGCAGCGGCGGCGCGAUGACGCAGUCGCGGCGGCGGGCAUGGCGGGCGCCGGCGCCGGCGCAGAGGCGCUGCCAGAGGUCCGCACGCACGACCCUAAUGAGGAAGCAAAUUCGAUCCGCAAGGCGCUGCGCAUCAAGGUGUCUGGCGGGGGCGCGCCCUGCCCGCUGCGCGGCUGGGAGGAGCUCGGGGAGCGGUAUCACGUCGGGCCGCGGCUGCGGGCGGCGCUGGCCGGCGCCGGCUGGGCGGACCCCACGCCCAUCCAGAGGCAGGCCGUCCCCGCGCUCCUGGAAGGCCGCGAGCUGCUGGCCAUCGCCCCCACCGGCAGCGGCAAGACCCUGGCCUUCCUGCUCCCCGUGGUGGCGGCGCUGCGGCGCGCGCGCAACGAGGGCGGCGCCGCGUGGCCCGACGCGCCCAAGGCCCUGUUCCUGUCGCCGACGCACGAGCUGGCUGGGCAGACGGCGCGAGUGCUGCGCAAGCUGCUGCCGGGCACCAAGCUGCGCGCAUGCCUCCUCAGCAAGGCCACAGCAGCUGGCAGCGAUUUUGCAAAGGUGGACAUCCUGGUGGCCAACCCCCUGAGGCUGCGCACCCUGGUGGAGGACGGGAAAAUGGACCUAUCACAUCUGAGCCACCUGGUGAUUGAUGAGGCCGACAAGCUCUUUGAAAUGGGCUUCACCGAGCAGGCGUCGCCCCAGUUGUCUGAAUUUUAUCAUUUCCUGAGUGCCCUGAGCCAACCGGGGGCGACGUGCCGCACCACCAUCCACGCCUGCACGACCCGCCAGGUGGACGCCCUGCUGGCGGCCGCCACCCGCCCCGACAUCACGCGCGCGCUCUUCAGCGCCACGCUGCCAGAAAAGGUGGAGGAUCUGGCCCGCACAGUGCUGCGUGACCCCCUGCGCGUGACGGUCGGCGAGCGCAACACAGCGGCGGCGAUGGUGGCGCAGCGGCUCCAGUUUGUGGGGCGGGAAGGCGGCAAACUCAUGACGCUGCGCCAGAUGCUGGCGGGCGGCCUCACGCCGCCUGUGCUGGUCUUCGUGUCGACCAAGGAGCGCGCCAAGCUGCUGCACCGCGAACUCAUGUACGACGGAGUCCGGGCAGACCACAUCUCCGCGGACCAGUCCCAGGCCGCUCGGACUGCCGCCGUCGAGAACUUCCGGGCCGGCCGGACUUGGGUGCUGAUCGCCACGGACCUGAUAGGCCGCGGCAUGGACUUUGUGGGCGUGAACACCGUUGUGAAUUACGAUUUCCCGAAGACCGCGGCGGACUACAUCCACCGCGUCGGCCGGACUGGGCGCGCGGGCCGGGCAG